GAGGGUGGGGAGAUCCACAUGGGUCUUCUGUCUGGGGGUUCACAUACUGUGUCCAACCAGGGAAAUCUUGGGAGUAAAAAUCACACUUGGGAGAACCCGGAAGGGGUGGCUGGAGAGGAGCGAGUGGGGGAAAAAUGCGCAGCCGAGGGAGGUGCAGCGCGCCUCAAGGGUGGCAUGUGGAACCUCCCACCAUCUAAGUCCUGAGAUGCUGUGAAGCCUGGCCUGCCAUCAUCCCCCAGAAUGGACUGCAGCAGCCUCCUGCCCUUCCAGUUAUGGUAUCCCCGGCCCUUUGGCACCUACUCACAGAACCAGCCACGCACACCUUCUGCAACCCUCCAGCCAUCAGCCUGCCUUGAGCCUGGCAGUGGGGCUGAGCCAGACCAUGGGCCUGUGCACUCAGAGAACACACCACCUGCCUUGGCCACUGAGGCCCCCACCUCCCAGCCUGCUCCACUCCUCUCAGCAGCAGCUGCUGGUGAUGAGGGUUGAGUCCUGCUGGAGACAUGGUAUGUUAUCAAGCCGGGGAAUACAAAGGAGAAAGUGGCCUUCUUUGUGGCUCAUCAGUGUGGUGGGGGCAGCUGGACCAGCUCCAUGAAAGUCAAGGGACAAUGGUGUAGUGACAGCUCCAAGGCCAAGUGGAGGAGGCACUGUCUUGAGCCCACCAAGGCCCCUCCAGACCCAGGGGGCCAAGAGGGCCCUCUAGCUCCUGAGGUGGGCCCCACCUCAGUUGGUGAAGACCUGCUCUCUGUGGCCGAGAUGGUGGCCUUGGUAGAACAGCGGGCUGCCCUGGCCCUGCAGAGCUAUCCACAUCCCACCACCCCAGCACCUGUGGUCUUUGUGUCUGCUGAGCAGGGUGGACCAGCCAAGGGGCUAGGGUCUAAAAGGCAGUCUGGUGGGGGGGACUGCAACCCUGUAGCUGAGGCAGUGGCCCACUUCAAGGCCCAGCGGGACAACACUCCUACCAAGGGCCUCCGCAAGGAGGAACGGCCUGGGCCAGGCCCUGGUGAGGUACGCAUUGCCUUCCGCAUCUCCAAUGGCUGGGAGUCCCAGGCACCGGAGGGCAGCUUGCCCAAUGGGGCCGGAAGACGGCUUGCUUGUGCAUAUCCUGGUAGCCCAGGCCCUGGGGCCCGAGCUAAGGACAAGAUUACCUGUGACUUGUAUCAGCUCAUCAGCCCCUCUCGGGAUGCCCUCCCCAGCAAUGUGGAGUUCCUGCUGGCUAGGUCGGAUGAAGUCAGCGAGGGUGAGAGCCCAGCCCCAUCCAGGCCUGAGGACACUCCCCCAGCACCCCCUCCACCCCCUGCCCGGGACUGUGGUGCAUCAGGCUUCCAUGUAGAUGUGGUGGUGACAGGUGUGGUAGACGAGUGCAUCUUCUUUGGUAAAGACGGCACCAAGAAUGUGAAGGAGGAGACGGUAUGUCUGACGGUCAGCCCAGAGGAGCCCCGACCUGGCCAGCUCUUCUUCCUCCAGUCCCGUGGGCCAGACGGGCCCCCUGAGCCACCCCCAGCUGACUCACCAGCCACUGCACCAGGUCCAGAUGAUGCUGGAAAUCAUGUGUCACAUGAUUUCCUGGAGAUCAGCUUCAAGAUCCAGCGGCUGCUGGAGCCGAGACAGUACAUGCUGCUGCUGCCCAAGCACGUGCUGGUGAAGAUCUUCAGCUUCCUGCCCACGCGGGCCCCGGCCGCUCUCAAGUGCACCUGCCACCACUUCAAGGGCAUCAUCGAGGCAUUCGGCGUGCGGGCCACAGACUCACGCUGGAACCGAGACCCGCUUUACUGUGAUGACCCUUGCAAGCAGUGCUGCAAGAGAUACGAGAAGGGCGACGUGUCGCUCUGCCGCUGGCACCCCAAGCUCUACCACCAUGACCUGCCUUAUGGACGUUCAUACUGGAUGUGCUGCCGCAGAGUGGACCACGAGACACCUGGCUGUGGCCUGGGCCUGCACAAUAACGACUGGGUGCUGCCGUGCAAUGGGCCGGGUGGGGGUUGGGCAGGCCGGGAGGAGGGGAGGUGA